UGACGCUGCGUGAAGCAGGAACUGGGCCAUGUGUUCGUGUUAUUUUCCACACUUCAGAGUGUUUUCGCGUGAUAUUAAGGGCCUUAGAUGCUGAACAGUAUCAGGAACGCAUCAUGAUAACACCAGCAUUUGAGCUGAGUCAAGACUCUGACUUUCUUACGCUGGUUAUCCGCGUCCCUUACACAAGAACAUCCGAGUUUGACGUCUACGUAGAUGGCGAGGACUUCAAAUUCUAUGCCAAGCCCUAUUUUCUCAGAUUGACUCUGCCUGGAAGAAUAAUCCAAGAUGGAAGAGAAAAGGCUUCGUUUGACAUUGAUAAAGGUCUCUUCACAAUGCGAGUCCCUAAGGAGACGGCAGGACAACACUUUGAGGGCCUGCACAUGCUCACCAGUCUCUUGGCCCCCAAAGGUUCCAGGUCUGCACAGCCUCUGGUCGAAGAGACUGGAGCAUGCAGCAUGAGCGAGGCAUGUCAGGAAGAUGAAGAAGAGGAUUUUGAUUGGCAGGUCGAGCAGCAGCCAUACAUUGAGUCCUCAGAAGACGACCUGAAAAAGCUGCAGAAAUAUGGCUUUGGAAACCUCAGGACUGGGGUUUUCUCUCGACUUCAGGAGGAGCUGUCAGAAGUGAUUGAUGUGACAGACCCGGAAAAUUCCACCCCUUCCAAAAGGAGAUCUGAUCGCUUAAUAGCAGAGACAUCCAUAUUCUGUUCAGACCACUAUCUGCUUGAUUUAUAUGAAGGUGAGGAGAUGAGGCUAGUCCAUGUCAAUUUUAAGCCCUGGUGGAGGGAGAUGAAGCCUGAAGAUGAAUCUACUGUGAUUUUCACCGAUGAGGAAAAAGAGCAAAUGAGAAAGUUCACAAAUCGUUCCUAUUUGCUGAAUAAGGCAACAAGACGCCACGUCUGGCUUAGUCUUGUCGACAUCAUCCUGGCCUACGUCUACGAUGUGCGCACUACAGAAGGAGAACACAACGUGGAGUCAGCGUGGACCAUCAGAAAAAUCAGCGGGACCUUAAGCUGGCUGGAGACAUAUCUCAGUCUACAAGAGGUUCUGGUGUCGUAUGGACGCAGGGUGCUGUGUUACCCGCUGUACCGCCACUUCAGUCUGAUUACCGCGGCGGUGCAGGACGCUGCUCACAUUUUCCAGGGUGGUAAGGCCUUUGUCCUGAAAUGCCUGUUAGCCAUCCAUAAGAUCUUCAGAUACAACGAGCCGGCCUACAUCCUCAACGACCUCUACAUCACAGACUACUGCGUUUGGAUCCAGCGGGUUAAGUCCAAACACCUAGUGGCCCUGGCUGAAGCGUUACACAAAGCUGAGCUGCAAAAGAACGAUCUGGACCUGGAGCUCGAGAUUCUGGAGGAAGCCGCUGAGCUGGUGGUAGAAGAGGAAAAGGAAGAGCGAAUAAAGAAGGAAACGCCAGCAAAGGAACAUGAGCAGGAGAAUGACUCCAGCAGCAGUGAGGAAGAGGAUGAAUGCUCAAGCAGCGAGGAAGAAGAAGAGUGCACCAGCAGCGAGGACGAAGAAGAAUGCUCCAGCAGUGAGGAAGGAGAGCAGCAUGGCAGCAGUGUUCCUAAGAGCGAAGACAAGGAGAAAAAAGAUAGACCAGCAGCAGCAGUGACUUGCCCCUGCUCUCAGGAGCUUAAGCAUGAAAAAAUCAUGAUCCAGGAGCUGGGAGAGAGGCUGGAGGAGGAGCUGAGGAUCAGCCAGGACGUGCCUCAAAUAAGCGUUCAGUCCAGCAGCACAGCGAGAGACGGAGAGGGAGCGGUUGUAGGACUGAGACAAACAGACAGCUCGCAGACGUCAGGAGCUCUGGGUGAAGUCGGAAUCACGGACACUGCAAGCGAUACAGCUCUUUUGGAGCGUCGUCACUGUACAAUACGCGUCUUGAAUACUGAGGAACUGGACAGUGACGACGAGGACGAGCCCAAUCAGUGAGUGUUCACAGGGACCCAAGAAGAUAAAAUGGACUUUUUUUUUUUUUUUUUGUGCUGAGGACUACAGUAUGUCUACCUUGAAUUCAAUCACUUUAAAUGAAUGUAAUAUUAAAUCCUUUUUUUGUUCUGCGUGUAAUAUUUUUGUAACUUUUCAAUCAUAGCUUGAAAUGAAAUAUAAAAUAUUUUCAUUAUAUUAAAAUCUUCUUUCAUUCCCUACA